UGAACCGAAUACUGUUCGCCAGAAGGCAAUAUGUAUGCCUCCCGGCGCCGAACGCUAGUUAGCUGGUCAGAACGAUACUUGUAUUCCCAAAGGAUCAAAUGAUGAGAGACUGCCGACUGAAGCUACAUAACUUAAGGAAAUAAUAUUACUGAAUAUGCGAUAGAGAAUAUAGCAUCGUUUGGCGGAUAAAGAAAAUGUCUAGGUUGUUUGGUAAUUUUUACUAAGGGUAAAUUAAGAAUGGGUUGGAGAGAGGAUAGGCAAUGUCUUAAUUUAAAAAAUGGUAUGCAAAUGAAGACUGAAACCUGUACUACCCGUACUACUUGCAUUUAUAUUAAUUUCUAUCGACCUUGGAAAAUUCCAUUCCAUCCAGAAAUAUUCACACCCGUAACAACCGUAUCUUAAACCCAAUUAUAUUUUUUAGUAAUACAUCAUACUUGAUAAUUUUAACCACCUAGCUAUGACGCUUCCUGAGAUAAAGCCUGGUGACAAACGAACCAAAAGACAGCGGGGCAAUAAUAGGUACGAACCCCUUAACGGACAACAGUCUACUGCCCUCCUAUAGUCAGAAAUUGAUUUCACAUAGAGAAGGGACCUUCCUACUUUGACUCUCUGGAAGUCCUUUUCUGAAAUAGACCAAGUUCUUUUUCAUAGAAACAAAUAGAGCCAAAACAACCAAUAUUGUUAAUACAGUCCAUUUUAUUACAGUUAUAAUUCUAUCUAACACCGCGAUCACUACGCACUACGUACGUGAUCCGUGAGUGAAAUUCGCGCAGGGAAAAGACACGUCCUAAGACAUUCAUUAUGCCUCAAUAAAUUCACUAUUUCCAUUAUACUACGAGAAUAUCGGUAUUUAUUUGGUGUUGUUCUUUCAUUUCGAGCUGAUUUGUGUAAAUGGGUAUGUUGUGACACUUAUCGCUUGCAGUAUUUUCAGGGUUUAAUACAGAGAGUUGUAGUGUGAUAAUGUGGUUGGAUGUUGUCUGGCGUUUAGCGGAAUUCGUAAUUCCAUAUGUACAAUAUUCUGUAUCUCAUACUUGUCUCAUCUGAUUUUUUUUUUAUAUAACGCUUGGUUUUUUUACACUUAGUUAGUUUUAUUUUGAUAACAUUACCACUAUAACUCUGCUAAGACUGUGUAGAAGGAAUGUGGUUUGGGAAAUUGUCUAAUGGCAGCCUGAUUUAUUUUUCCAGCACCGCUUUUUAUAGACACUCUGAAUGUACCUAACUUUUGUUUUUUUUCUUCGGGUGAGUAAGUGGGUAGUGUCACGGACACAUCUUAUACCUUACAAAAUAAAUUUAAAAUUAAGUAUAGAAAUACGGAACGUAAUUAAAAAAACCAGACAUAUUUGCCAAGUGUUAAUGGAAACGCGCAAGCAAUAUUAAUUGAAUGCUGAACCAGCAUUUACAGUAAAGUUAUAAAUAUAAGAGCAUGUCCGCAAAAUGCAAGUGUUAUUACAUAAAUAGGUGUAGGUAUACACACGAGACAAAAAUGACAGAAAAUGGAAUUCCGACGAUGGCACUGCUACGUGAUUGUUAAUUGUUUUGUUUUAUUGCAAUAUCUUGAAGCAAAAACAUUUUCUUUGAACGAAGCCAUCGCUGCCGAGUCACAGUUAGCGGAAGUCUCAGAGCCAACACUUCCGCCGACUCUACCAGCACCUACAAAACGAUUGUCACUGCUUGAGCGACUCGCGUUGAAACCGAAACUGAAGUUAAAGAACCUCUUAAACAAAAAAGACUAUAUAGAAGGCAAGAAAAAAUCUCCACUGAAAUACAGAAAGGCAUUCCGGAUCAAAAACCCUUUAAGACCGAAAAGACUAAAUCUAGCACAACAAGCAAAAUACAAACGAAAAAAUCAGGCAGCGAAACGAGAAAUCAAUGGAAAUGACAAACAACAGUAUAUCCCAUUACUCAAAAGCCUUAGUAUGCUGUUUGAUAAUCUACUCAAUUCAGACGCAAGCGAGUCUCGCGAAAUCAAAACAAAGAAAUUUAAACGAAAUCGAUACUACUCCGGAGAAAAUGAAGUCCCUUGCGAUUGUGCAUCAUCCAAUACUGGGAAAACAAGCGCAGAGCCGCGUGAAAAGGCAAUUACUUCUGCCGCGCCUCCCUCGAUUGAGAUCGCGAUUGAUGCCGCUGAUUCCGCCAUUGCCGAGACUGCCCCCGCCGCGACCUAUCAUCCUACCCCUCGUAACAUCAGCACUUUCCGACAGCAUAAGGACAUACCCGUACUACUUACAAGAGAUACCCCUAGCCCUGGGCGAGACAAUCAUGGACUCAGUACGAGAAGCGGCACCACACAUCACAGACACUUUGAGAGAAAUAUCACCCGGGAUCAUGGACAUCAUGAACAUGUUGCCCCCCUCAGAGAGAAAGGAUUCCGUACAAAAAGUAAUGAAACGAAUACCAACGGUGUUGCACGAAACGGUACAAGUGGCUUUAGAUACACAAGAGCACCUAGACUACGAAUCACCGGAGUACCAGCUGGAGGAAAUACCACCGGUAAAGGCUCGGAAACCAAAAGCUCCAAUGACAGCCUUAGAGAAAAUCGGGUCGAGACUGGAAGAAACGAAACAGCGAGCCCAAAGCCUAUACCAGAAUCUUUUCGAAGGUUACGAGGAUUCGUACCCGAUGACGAAAUCAGCGUACUCUCAGAAUCCCUACAGCCCGAAGAAAUUCGUAAAGAAAGCAACUUCAGUUUCGCAAACCAUAGCACCAGUUAUAAACGAAUCCCUGACAAAAAUGUCACAUUUACCGCAGAAGAUACAACAGUUCGUGAAGGAUAUGAAACAAUGAAACUGGAAGAUCUGAAAGUAGCCAAUCAUAAAGAGAGUAUUAAGAAAAACUCACCAGUCGUGAUCAUUUAUGAUGGGUAUAGUGUAACAAGAGACAAGAAUGGACUGAAUAAGUAUUCUGAGACAACUAUUCGAAUUCAUUCUAAGCAGUAAGGUCUCAAGAACAUAUCCUGAAAGACUGUUCUGAGUUUACAUCGUCGUUGGAAUGGAUUUCAAUCCGUUUCGUAAAUGUGAUGAACAGAAAGACUCACAUAUAUUUUGGACAAUGUAGUAUGAAUGUGUUCAUUUGACAAAUGUAAUGUUACAUUGUCAAGCA